GUGCAAUUGUGAAAUUGUGCAGUUGUCUUUGAGAUCCGUGAUCCUCUUGAUCCAUGUGUUCUACACAGCAAUCUAAUGCAAAUUUAUUUUUUUCAUGUUUUGGCGUUUUUUCACUUUCCUUUCUUUCAUCAUUUGCUCGAUAGGAGUCACCGCUCCCUUAUCAGAACAGGAUUUGUCCCAACAAUACGAUAAACUGUUUGACAUUUGCUCCCAGACAUCUUGUAAAGAAUAUAGCCGAUACGAAAGCAUGAAUUGCAUUCACCAGUGUAUCUCGGAAGCUUGCUAUCAGAAACAUUACGGUAAAGAGCCUUUGGAACCGGGAGAGGUGGAUGAGGCACGAGAAGACGAGUACAUUACGUGUGUAAAAGAGGAAAUAGCGCAAAACGAGUCCUGA